GUGCUUCUUACGCUACUUAUACACUGCAGUGGUCAUGAAUUGACCUCAAUUAAUUACUUUGUCACUUUGCGUCGCCAGUUCAAGCGCAAAACUACACAACACAACGUCAGCUUAUACGAGUAUAAACAUUAUUUCACUGGUUGAAUUGACGUUGAGUGUUGUGUUGUUCUCGUUAGCGAGCUUAUGAUUACAACUUAUUUCAUAUAUUCCUCAGUUGCGCGUCGGCUAUCAGCCGGAUUUGUGUACAAAUCAGCACUCCAGUCUGAUAUCAACGCUCACAUGUUACUAUUUGGCCUUCUAAAUAAAUAAAACAUUAAUUCAUUUCAAAAUGACGGCGCAUAACAUCACAUCGUUUGGAAUUUGUUUUAAAAACCUUAAAUAUCGAACAAAAAUUGGAUUAAAACGUGAAACAAAAGAAAUAUUACAUGGUUUAAGUGGUAUUCUACCUGCUGGCGCCUUUACGGCAAUUUUGGGCCCUUCAGGUUCUGGUAAAACAACUUUAUUAAAUAUUGUUGCUGGAUGCAUAAAUUCUCAUCAUGGAGAUGUUGAAUUUUAUGCAAAAAAGAUUUGUAUACCUCAACAACAAAUAAAUCCAGAUGUUUUACCAUCUUUUGAAAGUGAAUAUGUAGAGAGACUGAUAGGUGAAGAAGUGAAAUGUGAAAAUGCUGUGGUGACCUACAUACCACAAGAAACACACUUGAGUUGUCUGUUGACAGUUAGUGAGACUUUUCAAAUAGCUGCUGAAUUAAAAUUGCCGAAUUAUAAACAAUAUAAAAAGGUGGUGAAAAAUAAAAUAAAACACUUGGUUGAUAUUUUGGGUUUAAAUAAAGUGCUUGAUACGAGAGUAUCGUGUAUUUCCGGUGGGGAAAAGAAACGACUUGCGAUAGGUAUUGAAUUAUUAAGUGACUUUGAUGUGAUAUUAUUGGAUGAACCAACGACUGGUUUGGACAGUGCAUCGUCACAAAUUUGCAUCGAUUACUUAAAAUCAUUAGCCGUUAAUGGAAAAACUGUAAUUUGUACAAUUCAUCAACCAUCGGCGACUGUUUUACAACGUUUUGACCAUUUGUACGUUCUAUCCGAUGGUUAUUGUAUAUACCAAGGACCCAACAAUAAUCUGCUCAAUGUUCUUGAAGAAUAUGAUAUGAAAUGUCCAUGUUAUCAUAACCCAGCUGACUUUAUAAUUGAAAUUGCGUCCGGAGAUUAUGACAAUAAUGAAACAGGAAUUAAAAGUAAAUUAAUUGAGAAUUUCAACAACAUUCCCGAAGUGAAGACACAAACAUGUUGUAAAUUACAAACAAAAAGCACUAGCCAUCAAUAUGCAGCGACAUCUACCACACAAUUAAGCAUAUUAAUGAGAAGAGAAUACUUAAAAGCUAUUCGAAAUCCAACAUUGACAUAUUUAAGAUUAGCUACCAGUGUUGCCAAUAGUUUAGUCCUCUGCGCCAUCUUCUGGAAAGUAUCAGAGGAUAUAACCAAAGUUUGGUUCAACUACAACGCCAUCUUAGGUUUUGUUCUACAUUUAAUGAUGCCAUCUUUAAUGCUCACCAUUCUAACCUUUCCUUGUGAAUACGCUGUUAUAAAAAGAGAAAGCAUCAAUCGCUGGUACUCGUUAAAAUGGUACUACGCGUCUGUCACGCUAAUAGACCUGCCUAUUUGUAUAAUUUAUUGUCUCGUGUCAAACGCUAUUUUUUAUACGUUAACCGCGCAACCUUGGGAGUUCUGGCGUUUUGCCUCAUUCACAGGAUUGGGUUUCUUAAUAUGUAUUAUUGCGCAAAGUUUUGGAUUACUGGUUGGGUCAUUACUGAAUGUCGUCAAUGGAACUUUUGUUGGUUCGGCAAUAUCGUUCCCGAUGAUGUUAUUUGCUGGUUUUGGGAUGACUUUUAAAGAUAUUCCUUCGUAUAUACGAUGGAUCGGACAUUUUUCUUACCUUAAAUAUGGCGUCGAAGGUAUGGCGGCUAGUGUGAUGGGGUAUAACCGAACUGAUUUGUUUUGUCCGAAAGAUGUGGUUUGUUUGUAUAGUGAUUCACAGCAGUUUUUGGAUGAUAUGGGAGUGGCAAGUGAUCAAAUAUUUUUUGAUUUUAUUGUUUUGAUAGCAUUUUUUGUUGGAUUACGCGUUGUGACUUAUAUUUGUUUGAGUAAACGUGUUUUUUGCAAAACAUAAUUAAUGUGUGUUGCAAGUACGGCCAUUAACACAUUUAAAAAAAUUGUGAUGUUAUGUUAUUAGCUUAAACACGCGAUUUCAUCCGCGUUGAUUUUAAUAAAAAUAAGUCUGACUAA